CUCCUUACUCCUCACAAUGCGCCAUGGAAAAGCGCAUCGCAAACUAUCCCGCCCAAGCGCACACCGAAUGCUCAUGCUCAGAAACCUCGUCUCCUCUCUCUUACAACAUCAGCAGAUAACGACCACGCUCGCAAAAGCGCGUGAAGCGCAGCCUUUGGCUGAGAAGAUGAUCACCUUAGGGAAGAAGGGGACGUUGCAUGCGAGGAAGAUGGCUGAGCAGUUCGUUCUUAACCCGAAAGACACCCUCCCCCUCCUCUUCGGCCCUUACGCAACCCGCUACGCCCAUCGCCCAGGGGGCUACGUGCGCAUCCACAAGUCCGGAAACCGUUUCGGGGACAACGCGCCCCUUGCCAUCCUCGAGCUUGUUGACAAUCCCCGGGAUCUGAGGUUUGCGAUGACUGCUCGGGCUGUGGGGCGGGAGACGCUCGGUUGGAGAGGACUGCCCGGGUUGGAUAUCGCUGGUGAGGGACAAACACGGGAACAGGAGGUGGUGGCCAGGGAACCGGAUUUGGCGGGGAAAGAAGUGGACAGGCUCUUGAGGGAGAAGACGAGGUUGAAUCGCGCGAAAGUGCUUAGGUAUAGGGGCAAGCAGGGUAGGGAAGAGCUCAAUGCCGCUGCGAGGGGGUAUGUGGAUGAGCUCCUUGCUCAGCCUGAAGUUCUCGGCGGGCCUAGGAGGCUUAAGCCUGCUCCUCCGGACGCACCUGCGGGGGGAGCGUGGGUAGGCAAGAAAGUCUGGGCUGGGGAGCGGACGACCGGGAUGGGCACGAGCAGGGUUGGUUUGGGGAUCGCACUCGGUACGCUGGGGAGACGGAAGUGGGUCAAACCGGUUAUGAGAGGGUGGGAUAAGGAGAGGGAGAGGAAAGUUGACAGCGAGUUGGACGAGAUGGAGUUGCUGGAGAGGAGGGAGAGGGAGGUGAAGAGGAAGGAGGAGGGGAUGAAUGUUUAG